UGCUCUGACUCCAUGACAUCAUCACAGGUAUUUAAAAGAGAAAAGGAAGGAAAUUUGCAUGCUGUUCUUGUGUGUUUUUCCUACAGCCCUUGCUAGUUGCAGCACCAAGUUAUGUCUUCCAAGAGUCAAGUAAAUGUGUCUUCCCAUGAUGAUGAGGCAGGUGAAUCGGGACAGGAGAAUGUCUUGAGGAGAGUAGCCAGUAUGCCGUUGGUCAGCUCUGCUUAUGACAUGGCUGCCACUGCCUACCACUCUACCAAGGAUAACCAUCCCUAUGUGAAGUCACUCUGUGAUGCAGCUGAGAAAGGCAUGAAGACCCUGACGGAGGUGGCAAUCAACACUGCUCAGCCUAUCCUAACUAAACUUGAACCCCAGAUUGCAGCAGUGAAUGAGUAUGCUUCUAGUGGCCUGGAUACUCUGGAGGAGAAGCUGCCAAUUCUUCAGAUGACGGCUGAUAAGUCUUUUGUUGCUUUGCAGGUUGCCUCUGACACAAAGGAGAUGGUGUCAGCCAAAAUGGCAAGUGCCAAGGAGGCUAUUGCCAGCAAGCUGUCUGGAGUUGUAGGCAUGACCAGAGAAGCUGUGCAGGAUGGCAUGGAAGCAACAAAGUCUGCUAUUGGCCACAGUUUGACCAUGGUUAUGGAAUCCAGAGUGGGCCAGAUAGCUGCCAGUGGUGCUGAAGCAGUGCUUGACAGAUCUGAAGACCUGAUUGAUGAAUAUCUCCCCAUAACAGAUGAAGAACUGGCUGAGAUUACAGCAACUGUAAAGGAUGGUGAUGUGGUUCCUGUGCAGCAGCAUGAGCAGCAGAAGUAUCUGGUGCGCUUGGGCUCCCUUUCAAGCAGACUCCGCCACAGAGCCUACCUGCAUUCUGUAGCGAAGAUCAAACAAGCCAGGCAAAGGAUCCAUGAAUCUCUUUCCCAGCUUCAGCAGAUUAUAUACCUGAUCGAACACAUGAAGAAUGGUGUGGGACAGAAGUUUCAUGAGGGUGAAAAAAAGCUUAGCCAAAUGCUGCUGGAAUGGAACAAGGCAAACCCAGAAGCAAAAGAUGAUACAGAUGGGGCACAGCUAGAGGUAGAAAAUCAAACCCUGACAAUGUUUCACAACAUGAUCCAGCAUCUGCAGACCACUAGCCAGACCCUGAUGUCCAGCAUCCAAGGAUUCCCUUCUAACUUGCAGGAUAAGAUGCAGCAAGUCCUCCAGAGCAGCAGAGAACUCCAUGCCUCCUUCUCCACUGUUAGAUCUUUCCAGGAACUCUCUACCACCCUCCUGGCCCAGAGCCAUCAGACAGUGCAAAAAGCACAAGAAUACAUGGAUGAGCUGCUGGAAUAUGUAGCAUACAACACUCCACUCUCAUGGCUGGUGGGACCUUUCAUAUUGUCUGCCAAGCUAUCUAUGGAAGCUGUGGAAUAAACAGAUUGCUACAGAUGAAAUGAGGCCCCUAAAUCCGUUUGCCAAGCUAUAUUGUGUGUUCAACAAACUGGAGUGUGUGGUGGAACACAACAAAACAAAAGAGGGAGUUUCAUCUACAAAAAGUCGUACUGGAAAUGUAUCAGAAUAUUAUACAGCACUGGAAGACAACUUGUGGCCUGCAGGCCAUGCAGCCUCUUAUACUUGCCUGAUGCCAGGAAACAUCACUGUAGCUGGAGAAGUGACUGGCCAGGUAGGCAUUCCUGCACAUGCAUUGGCUUGGUGCAGAGUUUAGAGCAGCCCUUUUGCAGCACUGCAGUAGGCCCUUGCUCAAAAAAGAAGGAACAACAAACUUCCAACUACUUGGAUAGCAUCGCACCAGCCAGCACUCUUGUUGCAAAGGGAAUUGCUCAAAACAUGCUGGUGAAGUUUCUGCUGUAAAAGCCUGUUUGCAGCAUGUAUGUAGCUGUCUGGAGUUUACAGUACUGGCAAACUUGUCUUGCUAUUCAGUUAAUUUCCAUGAUAUUGUUAGAGCCCCUGUUUGUUCCCUGUGACCAAGCCUCCAAAAACUAAAUCCAGUGGGUGAUCUUCAGUGUUAGUCAUACUCAGAGGAGACCCCUUGAAAUUAAUAACCACAACUAGCUUAGGUUCAUAAAUUUCAGUGGGUCUAGUCUGAAUACGACUUACAUGAAUACAACCCAUUUUUGGGGAUUCAUAGCAGUAAGCAAGAAGAAGGGCUAUACUGACCUAUCGAUUUCAGUUUCUUAUUUUCUCAGUAUCCAGUUUGCCACAUUUUAUUUAUUUAUUAUUUGAUUUAUAUCCUGCCCUUCCUCCGGACAGGAGCCCAGGGCGGCAUUUACACAUCAUUUUCAAAAAGCCCUUACAUCUAUUAGCAUUUUUUAAUGUUCAUUUCUCCUAAAAUACAACUUUGCAAACAAUUUCCUGUAAUAUAAUGCAUAUUUAAUGUUUUUCACUAGCAUAUUUUUGUACACAUUUUGGUGGGAAGAGUUCAUUGUAACCUUUGGAGAAUGCAAAUUUUGAAGGAUAA